AUGACGGCAGCCCCCCCGCCAUUUGGAAGGCCCAGGCCCCAACGGCUGCUCGUCAACGACAGAUCCGAUUUGCAUCAUGCAAACGGUUACGGCUUGCACCUUGCAUCCCCCAACCUCGCCGGCCCCCACGCUGUUGCGCUUCCUUUUCCAGCGCUCCUCAUGGAGUCGUCACCGUUAACUAGGGCACACGAUCACGCCCGCGCCGCUGCGGUCGCCACGCAGACCGCCGACACCACCGUCGCGAUCGCCGAGCAUGCCCAGGCUGCUGGGGAGUUUGCCAAUGCCUCCAAGACGACCUCCAGCAUUGAGGCUCUGCGCACUCUGAGGCUGCUCGAGCAGCAUCACCGCCGACUCGCCGAGCUGCUCAAGCUUCCUCUCAGCCGACCAGCUAAACCUGCCUCUGAUGCCGACGUUGCUGCUCAAGAUGAGGAUGAGAAGGUCGAGCAGGCCGAGCAGGAGACAGAGCCUCCUAAAGAUGCAUCGCCUCCGAAAGAUUCCCUGAAGCAUAUGGCUCCGAAGCCGCUGCCCACGCUGUCGCACCAGCGGUAUCCCGGGCGCAACCUCACUUCGUCCAUCGCAAACAACCUCGCCUCUGCUCGUGGCAUACGUGCCCGUUACACACCCCAGCCUCUGACUCCUAGCAUCACGAACGACCAAGCACCCGGCAGCCUCGAGGUCCAUCCUCGCAAACAAACUGCCGCCUCCAAGCCUAAGCUUUCCGAUCCUGAUCAACGCCGACCUAGCUGGGUCCCUCCGGCUAUCAAGGAAGAUACCGUCGCCGAAUCCUCCAAGCCGGAGGACACCAAUCCCCCGCCUACAAGCGAAGACGGUUUUACACGGUUCUACAACACUUUCGGGAGCCUAAUCCAUAAGCUAUCCGCUCCCCUGGCCUUCGCCGGCCUACCACUCCUUUCCGAAGAGCCCGCCCCCUCGACAAUCACAACAAGCCCUGCCCCAUCCGAGACCCCCUCCCCAUCCAAGAAACACCGCCAAAAGCCCUCACCUAGUACACCAAACAACCUAACCGAGCCCGACCUCUCCAAGAUCUACUCCCGCGCCACCCUCCGCUCCCUCGACCGCGACGGCCACAACCCCAACGAGUCCUUCUACGUCGUGCCCCCCAGCGGCCACACCGCCUCCUACGCCAGCAUUUUAAACCACGAGCACAAAGAGAAACGCCGUCUGGCUGCCUUACGCGGCGGGACACCUUCCACAGCCGGCAGCACGAACCCCUUCUUCGAGGAAGAGGACGAGGAAGACGAAGACGACUUCGUCGACGCGCGCGAAUCGCAGCCGCCGAGGUCGGUGUCGCCCGCGUCGCAUCGCAAGCGGGGUUAUUCUGCUGCCAACAAGUCACGGUCGGAAAAGGAAUUGAGAAAUAUCAUCGAGGAACUGCAUCUGGAGAAUGCUUCGCUCAAGGAUGUGUUGGAUAAAGUGAGCAAACGGCUGCAUGCGUUUGAGCUGAAUUCGCAGAGCUCGCAUCUAGCGCUGGCGCAGAGUCUAAGGUUGCAUCGGCCUGGGUCGCCGACGUCGUUGACCUCUCCUGGGGCUGGGGGGGGAGGAGGGGCAGGGGGAGAGGAGGUCGCCUCGCUGAGGAAGAGGAAUAGGGAGCUGGAGGAGCAGCUUGCUGAGAUGGCGAAGAGGAUGGAGUCGUUGGAGAAGGAUAAUUUGAAGCUGCAGUUGAAUCUCGAGAAGUAUCGCGAGCGGUGGGAAAAAUUGAAGGCCGGGGCGAAGGCGAGAAGAGAGGCUCAAAGGAAUGGAGAGGCCGCUGUAGCUGCUGGGGGAGGUGCAUAA